GAAUUCUAUAACGGCACAUAUAAUCAAGGUUAUUAUCUCGAUCAUGCUGCUAAUAAUACUAAUGAGACCAAGUAUACAAGAGAAGAAAAUAUACAAAAUAAGUUAGCAAUUCGUCCUGCCUAUUAUGAAUACUACACUGAAUAUAUUUAUUGGAGACAGAAGCCAACUCAAGAUGAAAUCAAAAGAUGUUUAGAUGGACCAUAUGAAUUACCUAGUCCAUAUAACAAUAGUUAUAUCUGUUUUAGUCAAGAUUUAGCACCUGGACCAUACAAUGGCAUCGUAACUUAUGCGCGGAGUGCAAUAGGCAACGAAUUAGAAAUACGAGCACCAUUUCAAGGAUUCUUAUUAAACAAAGAUACAGGCCUGCCAACUUUACAAUUGGGAAUGACAGUAAAUAUAUCUUUAUCAUUAGAGACAACUCCAGAAUAUUCAACACCACAGGAAUGGGCCUCGGAUACAACAGCAACAAUUCAAUAUACGCUCUCAGAAAGAUGA